AUGGAGCAACGAGAAGAAAACACCGAACGGAUUCACAGAGAAAGACGAAAAAGACAAUCUUCUUCGAUACCAAAAACAACAACAUUGCUCUGUCCUCUUGAUCUAAUCUUGGAGAUACUCUUAAGGCUACCUGUUAAAUCUGUUUUGAGGUUUCGUUGUGUUUCGAAGCUCUGGUUAUCAACCACCACCGAUCCAUAUUUUACCAACUCAUACGAAGCUCGAUCCUCAACACGGCCAAGUCUUCUAAUGUUCUUCAAAAACAAGGACAAGUUGUUUGUUUUCACGUUUCCUCACCACAAUCAGAAUUCCAAGGAGACUCAUUCUUAUUCUCAGCAUGUGGAUAGUUACCAUAUCAAAUACCCUAAAUAUUGUUGCUUCCCCUUCACGGAAUCUGUCCACGGGUUAAUCAGCUUUCGAAUAUCUACAAAACCCAUAAUUUGGAACCCUACCAUGAGACAGUUUUUAAUCUUGCCUAAACCGGAAAAAAGCUGGAAGGGAUUAUCAGUCUUUUUAGGAUACGAUCCAGUCGAAGGUAAACACAAACUAAUGUGCAUGAAUCGUGAUAACACAAGCGAUGAGUGUAGGGUUUUAACACUGGGAUCAGCUCAAGAAAAAUGGAGAAGGAUCAAAAGUAACCUUAAGCAUCGUUCUAUCCUUCGUUACUAUGGGCAAUGCAUUAACGGUGUUAUAUAUUACCAAGCCUAUAUUGAUCAGAUGGGGUUUAUUAGCAAUCCAACUAUAAUGAGUUUUGAGGUCAGAUCUGAAAAGUUCGAUACGAUAACAUUACCUUCGGGUAGUUUUGCGAACAUGCUGAUACCUUAUCAGGGUAGGUUAGCAUGUGUUAAUAAUACCAUGGACGAUGUCAAUGGUGGUAUUACAUUGUGGACUUUGGAGGAUGCAGAGAAACACAUAUGGUCAUGUAAACUCUUUCUUGCUCCUUUGGCUCAUUAUGAUCGGAGUUUGAAAACUGAUUUCAAACUAGAUGGUAUCACUCAUGCUGGAGAGUUUAUUUACGUACUAUCCACGUUUCUCAAAUCGUUUUAUGUUUUGUAUUUUGAUCCGAAGAAAAACAGCUUCAGAAAAGUCGAAUUUAGAGGAACAGCGUACGAAGUAUUUAGGCUCAGUCAUGGACUUGGAAACAAAAAAGUGAAUAGGCUCUAUACUUUCUCGCAUCACGUUACGUCUUUCUAA